AUGAGCAAUGUCUCUUCCUCCUCUGUCAUUCGAAUGGCAGCAUCUCUGAGAUUAGAAACACCAUGGCAUCAUGACGAAGAUUCCGCGUCCAGCAACGAGACAACCGAUCAGCAAAUUACAGUUUCCUUCUCGACUCCAGCAGCAGAGGAACGAUUGAAGGCAGUGGAUUCGUCAUCGCUGUUUCAACUUCCCUUUUACAUCUAUGACAAUGAAUUGGACUGCUUUGAACAUCGCAUUCCUGCCAUUGGAAAACCCAAACAGUACCAAACCCCCAGAGUACACAUCCCCUCCUUCUACAUUGGGCGGCCCUGUCCUCAUCACAGCAACAAGACAAAAGAUUUUGCCAUGAUUGCCACUUUGAAACCCAAUAGCAAGCUUUUUCAAGAUCGAUCUCAUAUAUGUGACUGGCUUCACAAAGGCCAAAAGCAUCAAAACUACACUGUGGCCCUGUGUGGACGAGGCAAUCAGUGUCCUGCCUUGGGACAGGCUCGGUUUGGCUUUCAUGCCCGUGGUGACACUUGGGGCUCCAACCGUCUCAUCGACACACUGUUGAGUGGUGCAAUUCCACUCAUCACCAGUCCAAAACAGAUCCAAAUACUACCAGAUUUCGUUCCCUGGGAGGAAGUUACCUACCAAGUGGAUGUUUCUAGUGCAGCUGCUUUUGAUGCUUCUCUCCAAUCCAUCUUGCAAAAGCCAGAACAAGAGUUGGAAGAGAAGCUAACCAACAUUUCUAAACACCUGGAUAUCUUCAAUCACAAAAAGGGGCGACAGUUCGACCUCUACAUGCACAGAUUUGCGCAGUUACUGGAGUUGUACUGA